GGUCACGAUGGAAGGAUUUAUUUGAUUAGCAUUCUUUUGUGACUAUCAAUAUGAGCGUCAAAGGCCAUUCACUGCAAUUCCAUCACAAGGAACAUCAAUUAAGGGGAGGAAUUUCUGGCUGAAAAUUUCACAAAAUGUUUCUUCAAGGUCCUCACAAGUUUCUUCUCUUGGGCAUUGUCUUUGGGUUCCAAGAUGUGCUUGGGCUUUGUGAACGACCAGCUUGGACAAGAGUUGCUUGGGACAUGACUCCACAAGAUCUGGAGCAACUAAUGGGAGAACAGCAGUCUAGUGGCUUUCAAACCUCCACGUUCCAAAUUUGUCACCUUUUUGCCGGCUUGAGUCUAUCCAAAGAGUGCCUAGAAAUUUUCUAUUCGAGUUGUAAGGCUGCAUUAUUUAUAGUUGCAGGUUUAUCUACGCACUACCUGUUUCGCAAACUGAUAGUGGCAAAAACCCCAAAGUCCUGCCAGGCCACUGCUGUUUCCGUCACUACAGAACAGCAUUACGAAUACACCAACCAAAACAUGGACAAAAUGCUCUGCAGGUUGGUCGCCAACACCUCCAGGAUGAUGAAGUACCUGAAGUGUUUUGCCUACUAUCAGAGGAAAGAAUUCAAAUGCCAUAAAUUAAGCAAAAAAAAAAAAGGUGAUGACACUGAUGGGGACGAGCAGCUCUUCCCUAUUUGUCCCUACAACCACAGCUCCGAUGAAGACGCCAUAAUGCAUGAGAUCUAAAGGGGGGAAAUCAGCAGGAUUCCUCUCUCCCGUGGUCAGCCCGUCAUAAUCUUUGCAGAUGCUGCUGAGCCAACAGGGUACAAACCUAAAUGACAGACACUAACAUGGUAGCUUGAUAUGUUUGAAAUGGAUUCAAUGAAGAAUCUUAUGGAUAAUUAAGGCAAAAAGUACAAAAGAUGGGUUAAAUGUAUCUUAAAAACUUAACUAAGCUGAUUUGCA